AUGGGCACAUGUAAGUACCGCCAAGUGCGCAUGCGUACUAAGCCCACAGACGCCGUGUACUGCGACGCACACCUCCUAGAUGAGCAGAUGUUGGACUGCUCCCAGAGGGGAUUCUGCAGGCAUACGAGGUCAUCACAGAUAUCUUUUAAUCCUUCUGCCUCUGGUUUUCUGCCAGCAAAGAGAAGCCCUGCCUUGCUGUUAGGAGCGGCCUCCUCCAGCUUCACAGCUUUAAACAGCACCUACCUGCUGACAGCUCCCAAGUCCGCGUCCUCAGCUGGGGCGGCGCCCCCCCAGUGCCCACUCAGCACCUCCCUCUGA